UUCAAACAGCGUCGCGCUGUAUAUACUGGCGUACAUCUGUCCGAGUGCAUUUACAUUGUGUUGAUCGUGAUUCACAAAAAGAAAGUACGAAGCGCAUUGCACCACGGGACUUUUAAGAAGGACGUGUCCGCGUUGAAGAACAAAUGCGGCCGCUGGACUGGAGACUGCUGCUAGAAGUCCCGCUUGAAGACGACGACGACGACACGGUUUAUGAAGAUCUGUACGAGCAGCUCGCAGAGUUUGACCCGAAGGAUGUCGAGGACAGUUCUAAGCUUCAAAGACUUUUUGAAGUGACCAAACAUAUUAUGAAGUUAAAAGCCAUUCAAGCGGAAGUUGCAAUCGAAGAGUUGGAGAAAGCUGAGAUGACCGGACAGGACACGACAGGUCUGUUAAAAGAGAUAGCCGAACUUCGAGAGCAAAUACGGAAAGCGGAUAGGCAAAUGGGCAGCGGUAAUGAAGUUGGUCAGCUCGAAGCCCAGCUAAAAGUGCUCCGCUCACAGUUGCAGCAGAAAGAACUGGAGUUGGAGCAAGAGAAACAAAGUUUAGAAAAGUAUGUGUCGUUGCUUAGCGAAACUGAGAAGGAAAGGAAAGCACUCAAGGUCGAGGUCUCUGCGCUCCAAGUGGAACUAGAGGAAAAAUUCAACCAGCUUGAGCGAGUCGAGUCGGCAAUUGAAGCAUCGCAACUGGAGUCCGAUUCCAAGCUAAAUGCCAAACUGAAGGAAAAGAACAAGCAAAUAUCGCAGCUACUGAGCGACAUUCAGGAUUACGAACAGAAAAUACGGAGACAGGAAGAAAGGAUUGAAGAUAUGAAAUCGAGCCUCAUCGAAGCUACUGAGCAGAUGGAUGUGGCUGCGGAGGAAUUGAGUCGGAUAAAGGAAAAGCUUAACGAAGUAAAGAAGGCUAAUGAAGAUCUCGUGGAAGAAAACCGUCGCCUAACGCAGGAGAGGGAUGAUAUUGAAGCGGAGCUGAAGCUGAAAAUCGCAGAAAUGGAAGAGCUGACAUUGAUGUACAGCAAGGAGUGCACAUCUAUGAAUGAUAUGAUUUCUAGACAAAAUGAAGAAAUUGCGAGGUACAGAGAAGAUAUCCACGUUCAAAAGGCAACCAUCGAAGAGUUGCAACUGAGCAACGAACAGUCGACUGUCAACAUUCUACGGAGGGCCUUGGAAGACAGAAACAUGCAAGUGCAACAGUUAAAGGAGCACUUGGAACAGGCCACGAAAGAUAUCGAAGAUAACACGCUCAUCACAGAGAGCCUUCGACAGCAACUGGAGCAGCUCCGAGGAGACGGAACAAGAUCGGGGUUUAAGAAGCCAAACCGCUGGUUGGAACUGCACCAAAAACUCAAGGAGAAUAACCUGCUGCUCAAGAGCACGCAGGAAAUGCUGAACAAAGCUGAAGAAGAAGGAAGGGAGAAAGACAAGCAACUGACCGAAGUACUGGUCGGUAUGAAGAAAUACGAAAUGGGAGAAUAUGGUUUGGCAGACGCCGUUGCUGAAAUUAAACAACUCAAGAAACGGGUGCUUCUUAGAGACAGAGAGAUCGAAAACAUCACGCAACAACUCAAUCAGCUUCAAAACGAAGUCGAGGAUGUCUCGGAGGAGAAUUCCGCUCUACGAGAAAAACUACACAUAGACCCGGAUACGCAGUUUUCGCCUCACCUGAGGAAAGGCGCCCAGUGGACGAAAAAUCUUCAAAACGAGAUCGCGAGACUAGAAGAUGAAAAUGUGGACUUGAAGCAUAGGCUACAUCAAGCAAUGAAGACGAAAGCAGCUAGGAGCCCUACUGGAAGUGCGAAGAGACGGCGCAGGGAGAGAGCUACGCAAGUCUCACCUCACAAGGAGAAUCAGGUGCUUGAAGAGGAACAGCGGGUACCGCCACCUGAAUCAAACAAGCUACAGCAUUAUGUAUCUGAACUGGAAGACGAAAAUAGAGAUUUAAGACUAGGAAUGGAAGAGAUUCUACGUUCCAUCCGGGAACAAGAUGAAAGGAGUGAUAUACUUAUCGAAUGUCCAGUGUUAGAGCGUCUUGUAGAGGCAUUGAUGUCGAGGAAUGGUGAGCAGGGUUACAGAUAUGAUAUCGACGCUCGAUUGCAAGACGAAAAUAGGAAGCUCAAAGCGGAGAUCAAAGCCCUGAAACUUCAUUACCAAUCGAGGAUUGAAGACACGGAAGCAAAGGUAAUGAUGUUGCAGACAGCAAAACAAAAAGAUCCUGUCGCAGCUGAAACCAUGCCCUGUGAGGACACCUCAAUAAAACCUAAGAUCGAGUUUUCCAAAGCAGAUAUAGCAGAUAUAUUGGAACGCUCCGCGACGACUGACGAGAUGAAGGUGUCCUGUCAGCAAUCCCUUCAAGUACCUGACGCUCUUCAGGAAAAGCUGGGAAGCUCCACAUCACUGGCUGAAUUGUUUAGGCAGUUGUUUGCAGAGCGAAUAGCACUGCGAUCCAUAAUAGAAGGACACGAAAACGAAAGGCUUUCCCUCGUCGACGAAGCCGCACGGAACAAAGUGAACGCGGAACGAUACCAGGAGUUGCUGACCACAAUGACAACCGAUUCAACUGCAACGAAUGAAAACUUUCUGAAGUUAGAAAAAGAAAUUGGGCAGCUUAAGAUGGAAAGAGAUGCCCUCUGUCGCCAUUGCAAGGUGUUGAAGAACACGGAAAGUUUCUUGCUGUGCCAGCUAGGACGGGAAAGAGCUCUGUCUGUGGUAAAGAACAAUGUCAUACUGGAACAGCUGGAGCGUCUUGAAAGCCAAGAGGAAAUAGCGAGUCACCGAGUGCGAUCUUUGCAAGAUGCCCUCGAGAAGACUUUACCGAAAGAGAUCUUUCAGUCGCUUCUUGAGCAGCAUACGAAGCUCUCCGCCAAAUUCAAAUAUUUGCUCGAUCAGUUUGACAGUUCGGAGUAUCUACCACUGAAGGACAAGGUAUCCACAAUGAAGGAAAUGGAUACAUGGAAUGAAAUUAAUUUUGACCCAGUUGAAGAUAGAGACAUUACGGACGACACAGAACUCAGCGCACAGUGUGCUCGUCUGGAGAAAGAGCUAUCUUUUUACAAAAGCAAACUUGAAAACACGACAGCGAUGGACAAAUCUACCGAAGCGGAAGUUGACUUAAUGAGGAACGAAAACCGCCGUCUCCGUGAGACGUUACACAUUGUUCAAAGUCAAGACGACGAUCACUUCAAAAGCGGUCAAGUACGCCAGCAGUUGCUAGAAUCACAGAUGGCCGAAGCGAUGAUGGUAAAAGAGGUCGAUAAUUUGAAAAACGUUCUCGAGAAGACGAAUGCGGAGUACUUCGCACUGCAGAAAAGAUAUCAAGACAAAGUCGACGAACUGCUGAAAACCAAAAUGAAAUCUCACGUACGGAUCCAGGAACUUACGAAGGUUCUGAAGGAAUUACGAUUCCAAUACAGUGGCUUCAUCCCCGUAGAAAGACAGGAGAAGUUAUUGAGCUUAUUAGCCAAGUUCAAAGUGACGAGAGGUGUGCCAGAUCAGUCCGUGGAGCGUUCGGCUUCCGCAGUUGCAGGAGGUUCAACACCUCAAGAAGCAUUGUCGUACUUUGAGAAGAGGGUAACCGAAUUAGAGGCAGAAAACUUGCAGCUGCAGCAAGAGGUUCAUUCCAAGCAGUUAGAAUUUGAAGAACGGGAAAUGGAGAUGGAAACGCUACGGAAAGAACUCGAAUAUAUUCGUGAAACGGCAGGUGCCAUCACUUGUCGCGAUGAAGUGAUGAGUACGUUAAGAGGUCAAAACGAGGAGUAUCUGGAAACGAAGAGAAAACUCAAAGCUCUGCAUCAGGAGCUCAUGGAAGCGAGGAAGAACGUCACGAUAGCCAACAAUUCCCUUCAAGUGAAAGACAAGGUCAUCGAAGAAUUGAGAUCAGUCUUGCCGACUAGAGACAUCAGCGAGCUCAGCGCUAGUGCAGAGUACUACAAGCUGAAACGCUCGAUCAAUAUAGCCAUGACUACAGUAGGUUCACUUCAGGCUUUACUGAAACAGAAGGAAAGUACGCUCUCCAGGUAUCGCGAGUGGGUGAGCAACCUUCGUGAAGAACUAGCCAAUGAAAAAAGGCGGUUCGCUGCCAAAAUAUAUGAAAUUCAGAACGAGCUUAUGGCGAAACGUGAAGAAUCAAUCCACAACUUGAAGGAAGAGGCAUCACAGCUGUGCUCUCCGAAGAAGAGCUCAUGUGUGGAAAAUGUUCACCAGCUGGACGAAAUACACAAGUUGGAGGUUGCUUUAGCAGCAAGAAGUCAAGUUGCUCUUCUUGCAGAAGAACAGCUACAGUGCCAAACCGAGGAAUUGAAUAGGUUACGAGCAGAAGUUGAGACAACGCGACAUGUACCCGUGGAUAACACGUACCCACAAAACGACCCGGAAUUUUCAUUGAAAUCUGCCCCUCCAGCACUGCAAAAAAUGUCAAAGACCACCAUGACGUCGUUUGAUGGUGCUAACGAUCAAGAAGCUGCCCUCGCAGCCGCGCUUCAAGCGGAGCUGUCUGAAACAAAAGCGGCACUUGGAGAGAGGGAUGCUGAGAUCCAGGACAUGAAAGAGAAGCUGGAGUCUGCACAGAUUAAAGCCAAACAAGCCCCAAGUACUGAUAUCAGUCACCUGGUACAAAGACUCAAAAAUCAAGUUGACGAAAAGGAAAAACAACUUCAGGCGUUAAGCAAGGCACUGAUUGAACUUAGAUCCGAAAUGAUGGCAGCGGUUGAAACCAGCCUUCUGCAACAGCCUUCUCGAAGUACGUAUCUCGACAAUGAAGAGGACGUCGCUACCUUGAAGGAGACGAUUAGCAAGUUAGAAGUAAAGCUAGCACACAUGAAAAGUGACAUGAGCGCCAUGUCUGAGAGAGAACAGUUUUUGAACGAUGAAGUCAGGCUCAUGAAAGAAGAAGCAGAUAAAAUACGACACCGAAUGGCGAAGACAGACGAAGAAAAUGAGCGACUGCACAAGAAGACGGAGAGACUUCGAAACAUGUUACAGAAGCAAGCGCAGCCAGAAGCACAGACAGAACGCGAGAAGACGGCUCAACUGCAGCGGGAACUUGUACUCCUACGGCAGCAGGUCAAGAAUGCUGCAGAGUCAGGCGGACUACGUGAGCAACAAGCAAAGAUUACGAACACUCGCACGGAAGUCGCUCGCUGGGAAGACGGGAAGAGAUGGAAAUUAAUCAACGACAAACUCAAACGUGAGCUUGAAGACGUAAGCCAAAAGUUGGAAAGAUCCGAGAGAGCCGUCCACCUACUGAGAGCGCAGGCGGAUCGCUUGGAACGGGACAAGAAUGCACUGGAGGCGAAGCUGACGAAACUACAAGCGAAACACUCAGAUUGCGGUGAAGACAGCGUGACAGUGAUAACUGCCCUCCAGAAAAGAAUCGCUGAAUUGGAGUCCGAGGUUCAAGGAUGUGAUGAAGCACCUGACAGCAAAAGGGCGCAGUUGAGGAUGCAAAACAAGGUCCUUAGGGAAAGAAUACGAAAGCUGGAGAAACAAGUUCUACAUAGGGAUCUUGCUAGAAAAGUAACGCGUUUAUCGCCGAAGCAAAAUGGUUCCACGCUGAAGGGCGAUUUAAUCACGGCCACUGAAGACGUGAAGUGGAGCGCCACAGAAAACAUCGAGGUAAUACGAAACGAAAAGAUAGAAACGAAAAGAAUAUCCCUCCUCGAAGUUAAGGCAGCACGCGGUGAUGCACAGCCCUCGCUCGUGGAGCUCGAAAAGUACAGGAACCAAGUAGCCAUUUUGCUCGUCACAGUGGACAGGCUACAAGAUGAGCUUGAUAGACUCACGAAAAAGGAUGACGCAGCAGAAACUGUAGAGCCUAAUCCUGCAUCGCCUGCGCCCUGAGGUCCCUUCUAUCAGAGCAGGACUGUUGCCACAGGGGACACCGAAGCAGCUUAUACAGUGUAGACAUGAGACACUAUCGACAGCCCAAUACUGGUUCCAUCAUUGAGCUCUGCGCAUAGUUUUAUUGUACGGCUGUUACGAAACAUCACAAAGGAAAGUAUAUUGUUAUGUACAAGUGGAAUCUCUCAUACAAAUAGUGGGAUACACUGUGUGUCCAGAUUAGUCUGUGACAAGUGUCCAGGACCAGGUACUACUGCUGUUAGGGGUCCACAGAGCGCGCUCAAGGCCUGUGUUCCGCACGUCUUUGCACCCGCUUUGAAUCACAAUCAAGGAGCGACAGCACAGCAAACUGUGACGUGUCACCACUGUGAAGCGGAGACCCCAUGCGCCUGCGUUUGUGAUCAUGUCACCGAUCUACGUUGCUCUUCGAAGGGCUUUGUUCAUACCAAAGUCUCGCUCUCUGUCCGACAGCGCACAGCUAAGUAUACAUGAGUGGUUCCACGUAUUGACGAACUAAGAAACCUUGCGAGGCUUCCCUACGGACAUUAAAGGCGGUUAAAACGGCCAGACCAAUUCGUCCGGCGUUUUCGCCACAUCGUCAGGUGCAUGAUGCCAUUAUGGGCCAUUAGAUAUGACAUCGUUAACAGGCGCUGAAUUGUUUGCUGUCAAGGAUGAAUCAGUGGUCUCAUUGAGCUUCGCGAUUAAUUUACUAUAUUUUGGGAUGUUUGUAUCGCACACUAAAUAAGCAAUCUACAAUCAACAGGAAGUUACCAAGCCUUUCACACAAACGAACCUUCACUGUUUCCGCAUCUUAUAUAUAUAUAUAUUCCAUAUCCCCACAU